AUCUAUGACGUAUUGUGCAAACACCUUUCGUUGUGUCGUUCCGUUUUGGGUCAGUUUGGCCGAUCCUGCGUUGGUUUCAAGAUGCCAAAAGUGGUGUCAAAGAGUGUCGUGUGUACGGACACGAAGGAUCAAGAGGAAUAUCAGGGAGAGAAGCCCCUAUAUGUGUAUUAUUGCAUUUGUGGACAAAUGUGCCUGAUUUUAGAUUGUCCCAUGGACAAACUUCCACUUAGAAAACGGGACAACUCACGAGUCAUUGAUGGCCAGAAGCAUGCACACAAGUUGACCUGUGAUCCUGAUGACAUCAUAUAUCUCCGACGGCCUGAAGGUAUAGAGAAGCAGUACAGGCAGAAGUGUAAGAGGUGUGGACUGUGGCUGUAUUAUCAUCACCAAGGCAACAGCAACGUCAUGUUUGUUGUGGACGGUGCACUGAAACGUGAGACCGAUGGCUUUAAGACUGAUGUCUACAGUCAGCUGGCAGCUCCUAAGAAGGUAACACUGACGAAGCACACGAAGAACAUGGGCAAGUUCAGUUCUGUAACCGUGUCAACCGUGGACGAGGAGGAGGAGGAGAUUGAGGCGAAAGAAAUAGCCGAUUCAUAUGCAGCUAAUGCCAAGGUCAUUGAGAAGCAGUUGCUGAGGAAAGGGAUGAGUAAACGAAAGCUUCUGGAACAGGCUGAGGAAGAGGCCAAGAAGAUGAGACCGAAAGGAACACUGAUCGACAAGUGAGGAGCACCAAGGGUGGCCAUGUAUACCAGUUCUCCCACUGUGAUGGCUGGCCAUUGUAUAUCCUUAUAACAACAUAGGUUUGCAGUGGUCAUAUAUGCCGAAUAUGACUUUGUGAAACAUUUAUCCUUGUGCAAGAAAAAUGUCUUACACAAGAAAGCGUGGAAGAAGCUUUGUCCAUAGAAUUGGAUUUGUGAAUUCCUGUCUGGAACAUCCUGAAAAGCAGUGCAUAGUUCUUGUGUGUUAUACCUCAGGGGUUAUAAGAGACACAGUGUCUGUGUUAUUCCUCAGGGUUUGUAAGAGACACAGUGUCACAGAACAUAUGUUGAUCCUCUUGUAGAGAAAGGAGCCUGAAGAAGAGAAGAUGUGUGGUGUCUUAACAUGUAUGAAUGCUGUUUGUCGUAUAAUACUGUAUCCAGUAAGGUCUCAUGAGAUAUGACUAUGUGACAUAACCGAUCCAGGGAGGUUGUAAAUAGCAAACUUAUGUUGGGCAAUGUAUAUAUUAUCUUGAAGUGGAAGAUUUAAUGACAAGUGUACUUACUAUCUUAUGUCUAAAUCGGCCUGUGCAGAUCAGUCAAAGAAUAGUGUGCACAGGUAGAUCAGUAGACUAGAGUUGCCUCCCUUUGUUGUGGUCCAUUGUUCUCCACAGCCUGACCAUGCCUGGUGGGUGUCACCAGGGCUCUGUUCCACAAAGCCAACGUAGCGCUAUGAUGACUGUAAGCCUAUGUUAAAGAUAAAGUACGGGAGUUACGAUCACCUUAGUGCUAUGAUGACUGUAAGCCUAUGAUAAGACAAAGUGUUAGUGUAACGAUCACCUUAGCACUAUGAUAAGACAAAGUAUUAGUGUAACGAUCACCUUAGUGCUAUGAUAAGACAAAGUAUUAGUGUAACGAUCACCUUAGCUCUAUGAUGACUGUAAGCCUAUGAUAAGACAAAGUAUUAGUGUUACGAUCACCUUAGCACUAAGAAAACUGUAUGCCUGUGUUAAAGACAAAGUAUUGGUGUUACGAUCACCUUAGUGCUAAGAUCACUUUGUGGAACAGGGCCCAGAACAGUAAGCAUUAGCACCUACAACACUUUCCUUCCACAUUAAUCUGACGUGCCAUGAUACAGCAGAAGUACUGCUCACAGUGGCAUUAAUCCCAACUCAUCAAGUCACUCACAAACAAAACAAUAUCUUUGACAGAGUGGCGUAAGUUCAGACAGAUCAUAUCCCUACAUCGAAAUAUGGAACACAAGUCUACAUAAGGGUAUUCCCCAAUGUAGUCAUGCAAUGUUUACUUUGCUGUCUAUCACUAAGAGAGGAAUCUAAAUAUUUGAUGUUGAAGAUUUCAUGAUCUGUAAAGGCUGCAUGCGCUUGUAUUGAUAUAUUGUACAUAGCUCACAUUGUACACAGUUGCAUCAUGUCUUUUCAUCACUGUGUAUUCAUCAUAUCAAAUAAAGUCUCAGUCUUGGA